CGCGCUGCCUGUCCCACAGACGUCUCUUUUACUGCCACAAUAACAGAUAAUCUGCUACAAUAAUCUGCUUCAUAAACGCGCGAUGUAUACAGAGCUGUGACAGUCUUUCCGUUUUGAAUAGUUUUCAGAUAAACUACAUAGAGAGAAGCUUUGGACUUCUGCAUCAACCAGACGAAUCAAAACCCUUAGCAUGUUUACACUCCGAAAUGUCAGUGUUGCAUGCAGAAGAUCAGCUGUUUUAACAUGGAGAGGUAUAAGUCAAAGAGCAGUUCAGAGACUGGACAUCAGUGGAGUUUAUCCUCCCAUCGCCACUCCAUUUACUCACAGUGAAGAUGUGGACUAUCACAGACUCAAUGACAAUCUUAACAAGUAUGCUGACAUACCGUUCAGAGGUCUUGUAGUGCAGGGCUCUAAUGGAGAAUACCCAUACCUGACACCCGAGGAACGGGUUGAGGUGGUGAAGAAAGUGAGACAGGCCCUGCCUAAAGACAAGUUAGUCAUGGCUGGAUCUGGCUGUGAAUCCACCAAGGCAACGAUCCAAAUGAGCCAAAGAAUGGCAGAUGUGGGUGCUGACUGCGUGUUAGUGGUAACACCAUGUUUUUACCGCGGUCGAAUGGACAGCCGUGCUCUUAUAAACCACUACGCUCAGGUGGCAGAUUCCAGUUCAGUUCCAGUUGUUUUGUACAGUGUGCCAGCAAACACCGGUCUCGACCUGCCUCUGGAUGCCAUCAUUCAACUUUCCCAGCAUCCAAAUAUUGUCGGCCUCAAAGAUAGUGGUGGUGAUAUCACAAGAUUAGCUCUGAUUGUGCACAAAACCAGAUCGCAGGGUUUCCAGGUGCUGGCGGGAUCAGCUGGGUUCCUCAUGGCUGCGUACUCCGUAGGGGCCGUGGGAGGUGUGUGCGCCCUCGCAAAUGUCCUGGGUCAGCAGGUGUGCGAGCUGGCACAGCUGUGCGUUUCAGGUCGCUGGGACGAGGCCAGAGAGCUCCAGUAUCACCUCAUCGAACCCAACACAGCAGUAACUCGGCAGUACGGCGUCCCGGCUCUGAAACAAGCAAUGGAGUGGUUUGGAUAUCAUGGUGGGGUGUGUCGGUCCCCUUUGCAGCCACUAUCACAAACAGAUUUAGAUCAGCUUCGAGUAAAAUUCACCUCAAAUGGUUGGCUAUAAAUAUUGGCCAUAAACGGUUAUUUAGGACCAAUGACUUGAAUGCGUAACAAAGUAUAUGGUCUUACUCUUUAAAUACAUUUUUUGUUAAUUGACAUCAUGUUCAGUAAACGGACUGAAAAAUAAAAACUUGAGUGCUCCGG